AUGGUUACAGACUCAACGACUACUAUUGAUUUAAUAAUAAUAACAACAAGUACAAUUGAUGCUUCAAAUACUAUAACAUCAGAUACAACUGUUGCUCCAGGUAUUACAGAAAAUAUUGCAACGAUUGAUUUAGAUACUACAAUAUCGACUUCAAUUGAUGCUUCAAAUACUAUAAUAACAGAUACAAUCGCUACUCUAAGUACUACAGAAAAUAUUGCAAUGAUUGAUUCAUAUACUACAAUAUCGACUUCAAUUGAUGCUUCAAAUACUAUCAUAACAGAUGCAAUCGUUACUCCAGGUAUUACAGAAAAUCUUGCAACGAUUAAUUCAUAUACUACAAUAUCGACUUCAAUUGAUGCUUCCAAUACUAUCAUAACAGAUACAAUCGUUACUCCAAGUACUACAGAAAAUAGCACAAUGAUUGAUUCAUAUAUUACAAUAUCGACUACAACUGCUGCUUCAAAUACUAUAACAUCGUAUACAAACGUUACUGCAGACACUUCAACAAAAAGUACAACAAUUGCUUUAAAUUCUGCAAUAUCGAGUACAACUAUUGUUUCAAAUGCUACAAUAUCAAAUACAAACAUUGCUUCAAGCAGUACAGAAACAAGUGCAAUCAUUGCUACAAAUACUACAGCAUCAAAUACAACUGUUACUUCAAAUACUACAGCAUCAAAUACAACCGUUACUUCAAAUACUAUCACAUCGAGUACAACCGUUGCGCCAAAUACUACAGGAAACAGUACAGCCAUUACUUUAAAUUCUACAAUAUCGAGAGCAACAAUUGCUUCAAAUACUACAACAUCAAAUACAAGCGUUGCUUCAAAUACUACAGCCGCUUCAUGUGGUAAUUCCCAACAAGAAUUGAUUUUUAUGUCAAUGUCAUUAAUUGUUAGUCUCUUUUUGUCAAUAGUCAUCAGAAACAUAUGA